AUGGCGGCUUGCUCUCUCUUGCUUUUCCCUGCGCUUGCGCUGGCAUCGAUUACGAUUCAGGAUCCCUCCAAUGUGAUCAAUCCUGAUCUGUGGAAAGCCGAUAAUGCUAUCGUCCCUGACUACAACGUUGCAUUCCCUUCGGUUCAGCCUUCUGCUAUCAAGGCGACACACACAGUUAAGGGAAAGACCUCCAGCGCGAACCACGUUACUUGGUCUGCUACCGCGAACGACACCAGUGUUCUUCUCGUUUCGGAGGGUGGAUCUUUCACUGGCUCAUACAUUGACUUUGAAAAGAGCGGAUACUCUUCCAACCUGGAUGAUGCCAGUUUCUGGGGCUUCAAUGCUGCAAUCAACGUGGCCAAUGCCUCCACCGCCGUUUUCGACAACGUCAAUGUGACCGUUCACAACGGUGCUGCUCAGUUUUACGCCUAUGGAACUGACUCUGUCAUCCAGGUCAGCAACUCCUGGCUAUACUCCUCUGGCCCAGUUAGCCACGGUCUAUACGCCUCCGGCAAUGGAACCAUCAUUGGCCACAAUGUCCAGGUCUACUCUGGUGGCAAGCGCUCCUCGAGUUUCUCGGGAGAUUCCCCUGCGGGAUACAUCUACGUCUACGACAGUGUCGCACACGCAGCCGGUAUCGGCUCUGCUAGCUUCUAUGCCCUCGGCGAGAUCCACGCCACUAACGUGGUCAGUCUGUCCGAGAACGGACCCGUAGUCUUCUCGGAUGGUGCUCAGACCAUUAACCUGGUGGACUGCGACUGCACUGCGGGUCUUCUCGGUGGUGUUGCUAUGUUCAGCAGCUCUAUCAUCGAGAGUGGAGCGAAGUUGAACUUGACCAACACCAAGUUCACUACCACUGGCAAGGAAAUGCCGGGUCUGUGGUUCGGAAAUAUCAUUGCUGAGGCAACUUUGGCCAACUCGCAACUUGUCACUGAAUCCGGAAUCCUCGCUGUCGCCAAUUACUCUCAGAUCACCCAGGACUUCGAUUACUAUGCCGGAUACGUUGAUAAUAACGACCUGUCCCCUGCGGAGGUGACCAUUUCCAUCACUGAGUCCGAUCUGACUGGUGAUCUUGUCGCAUACAAUGGAAGCUCCAUCGCUUGGUCUCUGGCGGAUUACAGCACUUGGACUGGUGCCGCCUACUCUGGAUACGGAGACGCUACUUUUGGUGUCACUCUCGAUGCUACCAGUACCUGGACUUUGACUGCGGAUACCACUCUCCAGAACUUCACUGACUCUGAGACCAGCUUGAAGAACAUUCACAGCCAGGGACACACUCUGUACUACAACUCUACUGUGAACACUUGGUUGGAGGGAAAGACUGUUAGCCUCUCUGGCGGCGGUUCGGCCAAGCCUAUCUCUUCGACCUCUGGAAAGGGAAAGUCUGGAAAGUCUGGAAAGUCCUCGGUUCGCGGAGGUAGCAAGAACUAA